AUGACGUUCCCGAAUCGUGUCAACUACGUCUCAGGUCAAGAGCGACGAGAACCUAAGUGCAUCGCUAAGAGACCGCCACCCCAACGCUCUCAACGAGACAAUGUGAAGAAUGAACCGGGUCUACAGCAGGAUCUGAAGCUGAUGCUUGCAACGCUGUCGCCUACGCAGCAUCAAUCCGCGGCUCCGCAGUCGACGCCAACCAAGCAAGAUAUUUUGACACCAGUGGAGCAGAGCCGCAAGCGGUUGUUGGAGGACCCGACCUUCCAGACGAACGAAAGCUUCCAACGAAUGCUCAUACUUGCGAACAAUCCGGAGGUGAAGAGUCAGUCUGAUGUCAUCGACCCGUUUGCUGUGGCGAUUGAGCGUUUGCCAGACAACCCGCAGAGCUACCAGGACUUCGGUGCGAGCAAUGGCUUUUCUCCGGGUGAUAACAGUAGAUCGCAGUACAUGCAGGCUGUAGCAACGCAGAACAUGACUGAGGUGGCAGAUCAGGUGGAGGACCCCAACAUCAAAGCUCAAUACGAUCAAAUAGCGCACCGCUUGCACGAGUGGGGCGAGAGGAGAAUGAAUCAACACCAACAACAGCAAGAGCCUGUCAACGUCGAAAGAGGUGCGAAUACCUUGCCGUCGCUCUCGUUGUCUCUCUCACAAGUGUCACCGUACGCCAUGGAGCUCGCUGCUCGUAACAAUAUGCCCAAGAAACGCUCGAGUCUGUCGAAGUUAUCGAAGAAGUUGAUGCACGACUGGUUCGAGCACAACUUGCACCACCCGUAUCCGACUGAAGAGGAGAAGGAGUGGCUUGCACGCGAAGGAGGCAUCACGCUGGAGCAGGUGAACAAUUGGUUUAUUAACACGCGCGGUAGGAAGUGGAAGCCCAUGAUCAACAGGCUGAUGCAGGAGAAGCAAGCCGGCAACUGCACACUCUUCGACAAGAUGGUCAAGAAGAUCGAGGAGCCCUAUCGCAAGCUCUAAUUAGCAGUCACACCGCACCGGAUAGCUAGAGAGAAGGUGAUAGAUUUCAAGCGAUGCAAAUUACGUAGAAACUGCAUCUGAAUAAUCAAAAAGUUACAGAUCAU